AUGGCUAUCGGCAUCGCGAUCAUCGGAAGCGGCAUUUUCGUCAAGGAAGAGCAUCUGCCAGCCGUCCAAGCUGUUCCUGAACUAGUCAGCGUAAAAGCGAUCUACUCGCGAUCGCUCAAGUCCGCCAAAUCUGUCUCUGAAAACCUGUCCGAUGUCGAUCUCUACAGCGACGAUUCAGAUGGCAAAACCUUUGACGACUUGCUGAAGCGUGAUGAUAUCAAAGGUGUCAUAAUAGCUCUCCCCAUUCCCAACCAACCAGAAUACAUCAAGAAAGCCCUCGCAGCCGGGAAACACGUACUCGCCGAAAAGCCCGUAGCCAAAGACAUAGCCACGGCAAAGGACCUUCUCGCAUGGACCAAAUCCACAUCCAACACAAAAUCCGUCUACAGCGUCGCUGAAAACUUCCGCUUCCUCGACUCCUUCCUCUACGCCGCCAACGCCAUCUCCUCCCUAGGCCGCGUGCUAACUUUCCGCGCCCGCGUCGCCGCAUUCGUCGCGCCGGGAAGCAAGUACUACGAAACUUCGUGGCGCAAGGAACCCACGCAUCAGGGUGGAUUCCUGCUUGAUGGCGGCGUGCACUUUGCUGCUACGAUAAGGCUGAUGUUGAGUGGGGCGGGCGAGAAGAUUAAGACGUUGAGCGCGUUUACGACACAGUUGCAAGAGCAUCUUCGUCCUGUGGAUACCAUGAACACAACUCUUUUGUUGACUGGUGGAUCGUCGGGAACGUUUGCUGUUUCGUUUGGGACAACGGAUAAGGGGUCUGAGUACCUCGUUGCGUGCGAGGAGGGGAGCGUGCAUGUUAGUAUGGGGAAGGUAACUGUUAAGAAGUGCGGGGAGGUUGUGGAUGAGAAGCACUUCAAGGAUGAGGGGGGCCGUGGGAAGUGGAGAACGGAACAGAGUGGUGAGGCUGCAUUGGGCGAUUUGGAGAUUAUUGAGAUUGCCUUGAAGAGCGGCGAGCAGGGCGGGAAGCCGAUUGUGUUGCAGCAUCAGUAG